AUGAUACGUUUUGGGCCUUUUUUGAGUUUGUCUCUAAACAUCCUCGUCGACGGCGCAUAUAUCACACUGAAGUAUCCGGUAGACUUCUUUUACGUGAAUGCGGGCAUGAAUGUGCAGCUGCCGAAUUCCCUUGAAGGCCAAGCUCUGUCAAUGAGGUAUAGCUUGGACGAUAUUCGCUGCGAGGACUAUGGGUCAAACUUUGAGCUGGGACAAGUCUUCUCACUGCUGAUUAUUUUCAUGGCCAUGUUCACCGCAGUCUUUGUCAUCCUUGUCAAAUCGAUAAGCGCAUUUCUCCCUGCCGUGUGGGUUUCCAUUUGGAUGGCGGUCAUCAUCUGCUCUGUGGCAACGUCGGCGCCAUGGAAGCCUUUAUGCGACAGAUUUUGCAUCGGCGACCCGUUGCACCAAAUUCCAGAGGGAACCAAAAUCACAAUGCCGUCAGGAGGCCUUGCGCUCUGCCUGAUCUCACUUGUCGGGUGCAAUGUCGUGGUUAUUCUCUCUGUGCUUCUUUAG